AUGCGACUGAAAGACCGAUUAGUUUUCUGGCCACUCGCCUGCUGCCUUGUGCUGCUGCUGCUCCUUCCGACCGGAACUCAAUCGCAGUGCAACGACACCCACCAGCCGGGAUGUCUGCACCAGGCGGAGCUCGGCCUCGCCCAGCGACACUGUCUGGAUCCCACCAAAUUCUGGCUCUGCACGGUUAUCGGCCAGGAAGCGCAGCUAAAGAAGUGCCAGCCCAACACAGGAUUCGACCAGGACCUCAACGCCUGCGUUCCCUGGAUCGCCUGGGUUUGGCAGCCUUGCACUGAGCCACCGAGUCGUCCUCCAGGAUAUGAGCCCUGCUAA